CACAAAGGGCGAGGCUUGUUUUCAGUGCACAGCUUGCUUGCCAUUAUGUACACACAAGCCUGGUUUGCUUUAUACUACGCCCUCCAUACAAGGAUACUCUCUUAACGCAGCACAAUGGACUCCUCAGCGGCGGCGGCUGACGGCGGUAUCUGUGCAUCCUGCUGUCUAAUAUGCGUGUCUGCUCUUCAAACGUGGUGUAAUCUUCAUGCAUUCGGUGCCGAUUGCUGUGGUGGGCAGAGGGGAUGCUGUAGCAACCUUUGUGCCUCGUGUUUCGAUCACGAUGACUUCGACGAACGCCUAAAACGAGAUCAAGAACGUAGACAAGGCGAUCAGCCUGUUAGCGCUCAGCCAUCUCCUGCACAAGAAAUGUCUGUUCCGACCAAAUCAGAAGCUACUGGCAAGCCGUCAUGAACGGAAGAACGUGUAGGCGCUAUUUCUCAAUAGACAAAUGGCUGGUCUUAUGUGUUGUGGCAGAGAGAAGGUUUGCAUUCACUGAAGUGGAUGGCUACUCCAAGGCGCUUGGCCCCUCCCUCCUCUCAUGUGUUUCACUUGAGCUUCCAUCGCCAUUCUGGGUUUCUCUGUACGAUAGGUUUAUCCCACUGUGCUGCUUCUACUUGCUGUAAUUACUGUACUGAAAUUGGUGCAAACGAGUGCCCUCAAACACUGAUGACGUGCUUGCGCUUGCGUGACUCGCCGACCACGUGGCUAGAUUCGUUUACGAGAGUUCUAGCGCCACAAAGC